GUCAAGAUAAUAAAAAAAUGUCAAUAGUUGGUGUUUUUUCUCCGUGUGGUUGGCACCGCCCUGGUUCCUUUUUUGACAUUUCCGCGCACUAUUUCUUGGUUAGGUCCGAAAAACCGGCGUUUUUCCUCAAAUUUUCGUCAAAAUGUCAGUAAAUACGAUUCUAAUGGACUUUUCCGUGGAUCCGUCCGCCGUCAAAAACGACUCUCAAGUGUCCGUAGUGUCUUCAAACAUCGAAAACGUCCUUCGCGAGUACCUCGCCAAUUUGAAAACCUUGACCACGAUUCGUUUGGAAACGGACGUUUUGCGGCUAUAUUCGAGCGAUGGGGGGCUGUCGGCCACUCUCCGCAUCUUCAACACGGGUCUCAUCACCCUCAAUAUCGAGUACCUGAAAGUGGAGUCUCAGGAGGCCCUUCUCAGUUUCGAGCGAACCAAAGUUUUAGAACAGAAAUUACGAAUUGUUUUAAAUUGUUACCGUUGUAAGCUUCUUCCUCCGAUUAAACGAGGGGACUAUAUUGACGUUUAUAUACUUAGCUCAGACGAUCGUUUGCUCGAAUAUGACAUUGAUGAGUUGGUUUUUGAGGAGAGAACACCCUAUCAGAAAAUACAAAUCGUUCAUUCGAAAAGUUUGGGAAAUAUGCUCGUUUUAGAUGAUCUACAAAACAUAUCAGAGGCUGAUUUGAUCUACACUGAGACGUUAAUGGGGCGCGGGAUUGAAAAUUACAAAGAUAAAGAAAUUGUGAUUUUGGGUGGGGGCGAUGGGGCCUUACUUUACGAACUUUUGAAAGAAAAACCCAAAGAAGUGAUAAUGCUUGAAAUUGAUGAAGUUGUGAUGAAAGCUUGUGCAAAACACAUGCGUUCGAUCUGUGGGGACGUCCUUGAUAAAAUGUCAGGGCCCAAUUAUGAGAUAAUUGUGGGGGAUUGUGUGAAAGCCAUCGAACAGUACAUCAAAGAGGGCCGAAAGUUUGAUUAUGUUUUCGGGGAUUUGACCGAUGUGCCCCUCUCGGAAGCCCCCACAGGGGAGUUGUGGGAUUUCAUCAAUAAAAUUUUGAGUCUCUCGUUUAAAAUCUUGAAACCCGAUGGGAAAUUCAUGACGCAUGUGAUCGGUUCGGCUGCUGGUGAUGCACUCAAAAUGUACGAAACGCAGCUUAUGAAGUUACAACCGCCGGUUAAGUUUACCACUUCGCAUGCUUUUGUGCCGUCAUUCCUUGAAGAUUGGGUUUUUUAUCAAGUGUUUGUUGAUAAGAAGCAAUAACCGAGUAUUUUGAUUUGUAGUGUAGUUAGUAGGAAAAAUAUUGUAUAUAAAUAGUGCAUGCGUAUACCAAAAAUGUUAGUUUUUCGUUUUGUUGGAUAUUUUUGUAACUUCUGGAUUGAUUCGAAUAAAUUACUUCAUCACGAA